UCCCCGGAGCAGGAGAUGCCCCCGCAGGAGGGGCUCCAAAGCCAGCCCAGGGGGCUGUGAGGAGAAAAGAGCCAGCAUGUGCCGGGAAGGCGGCCGGAGCUUGAGGUGGAGCUGCGAGCUGGUGGUCCCUGAGCAGCCUCCCAGCAGGGAGAAACCCUUCAGAUGCUUGGAAUGUGGGAAGAGCUUCAGCAACAGCACCAACCUCCUCAGGCACCAGCGCAUCCACACUGGUGAACGGCCCUACAAGUGUGGGGAAUGUGGGAAGAGCUUCAGUGACAGCACCCACCUGCUCCGACACCAGGUGAUCCACAGUGGGGAAAAGCCCUACACGUGUGGGAAAUGUGGGAACAGCUUCAGCCAGAAGUCCUGCCUGAUCCGCCACCGGAUCCUCCACACUGGAGAACAACCUUACACGUGUGGGGAAUGUGGGAAGAGCUUCAACCGGAGAUUCAACCUCCGCACCCACCUGGGCCUGCACUCCAGGGAACGGCCCUACAAGUGCUUGGAAUGUGGGAAGAGCUUCAGCCAGA